AAAAAACACAGAAGAAGAAGCAGCAGUGAAAGUGAUUGGUUGAGUACUGUUGCAGGAAGUGAGCAUUCUUGCUGCACCGGCUCCGAUUUCUAACGGAAUACCAGCAAAUAACUGAAGCAUUUUCAAAGAUGUUGCGAAGACCUCGAACGUCAACUGCCAAAGCUGUCAACUACAAUGACAUGGACUCCGAAAUGUCCUUCUCUGUCACUGCCAGUAGUGAUGAGGAUAUUGAGGAGUGGAAGCCACCAGAGCCAAAGCCAAAAGCCCUGACCAAGACUGGCAGAGACCAAACAGCAGGGGAGAAGAAAGCACCUGCCAAGAGAACUGCCAAACCAAAGGUGCCAAAAGAACCCAAACCACCUAAAGCUCCCAAAGUGCCUAAAGAGCCCAAGCCAAGGGUGCCGCGCAAACCCGCAGCAGAGAGGAAAACACAGGCCGCCAAAGUCCAGAAGGGUUCUGGUGCACGUGGGUUAGCUGGAACAAAGAGGAAAAAAUCGGAUGAGGAUGAUAAGCUUGGUGAAGACAAAGGAGAAAAACAAACAGAUUGUCCAGAGGUAGAGACGGCUGAAGAGAGUGGGCCAAGCAUCAGAAUGAAGGAGGAGAGGGUGUCAUUUAUUGUGUCAGAAGCCUGCCAGGCAGACAGAUGUGCAGGCGAGGGUUCAUCACUAACUGGGCUUAAAGCAAAGAAGGAGGAAGUGGAGGAGGAUUUCACUUUUGAUGAGCCCUGUCAAAAGAAACAGAAAACCAGUGGUGUGGGCCUGGGUCAACCAACUGCUUUACCAUCAUCACUAGCACAAGCUUUGAGGAAUGAACUCAACAUGAACUGGGAGUUGAUAGAGGUGCUGUCUGUCCUGACAUGCGUGGAGCGAUGGGUCUGUGUUAAUAUCAUUACGCUGCUUCGUGAGGAGAACACUGUGCCGUUCAUGGUGCGCUACCGCAAAGACAUGAUUAACCACAUGGACGCUGAUGCUGUCAGAGAUGUCCAGCUCAUUUAUGAGGAAUUAUGUUCUCUAGCUAAGAAGACCAAGUCUGUGAUUCAGACCCUGAAGAAGGAUGGAGUUUUGACAGAUGAGCUGGAACAAGACCUGAGGAACUGCCGAUCAACUGAUGAACUGGACCAUGUGUAUUCUCCCUACAAGAAAGGCAGUAAGCUGACGAAGGCUCGCAGGGCCAAAGCACUUGGCCUUGAGGAGGCCGCCUGUGCACUGAUGGAAAAACCGCACACUCUGGAUUUAAGGGCAUGGGUAAAAACUGGUACUGAAGGUUUGUCAUCGGUGGAAGAUGUGGCAACAGGUGUGGAGCAUAUCUUGGCUGAUAUGAUCGCCAAAGACCCUGAGACACUUACCUACGUUAAAACAUUGUGUGAGAACAGCUCUGUGACCAUCCAGUCCUCCGUGUCCAAGUCGGCACUAAAGGAAAAAGAGCAGGACAAGUCGGUCCAAGGCCAGAAAAAGCCAGGGGCACAGCAAAACAAAAACAAAGACAUUGACAAGUUUCACCUCUACUUUGACUUCACCAGCAACAUCCAGCGCAUCCAGCCCCAUCAGACGCUGGCUAUUAACCGAGGGGAAAGUCUGAAGAUUUUGACAGUGAAGGUGAACAUCCCUGACAGGGUGAAGAAUGACUUCACCAGGUGGUGCAUAAACAACAGGUGGAGGCCUAAGACAUUUGCAAGAGAGGAGCUUAACAUAAUCAUCAAGAAUGCAGUAGAGGACUCUUAUAAGAGGCUUGUUCUACCUUUCCUCACAAGGAGUUACAGGAAUAAACUGACAAGUGCAGCAGAGAAGGAGUCGAUUGCCAUGUUUGUGCGAAACCUUCGGCAGCGCCUGUUGGUGUGUCCCAUCAGGGGCUGUGUCAUCAUGGGGGUGGACCCUGGCUUUAGACAUGGCUGUAAGCUGGCAGUUCUCUCCCCCACUAGUCAGAUUAUCCACACUGAUGUUGUGUACCUGCACAAUUCAGGCCAGCAAAGAGAAGCAGACAAACUGCGCCACCUCAUGAUCAAAUACGGCUGUACUAGGGUCGUCAUUGGUAACGGGACAGCAUGUCGUGAGACUGAGUCCUUCUUCGCUGACCUCAUCUCAAGGCGCUACUUUCACCCCCUGGACGUGUCCUACUGUAUAACCAGUGAGGCGGGAGCAUCCAUCUACAGUGUGAGUCCUGAGGCGGUCAAAGAGAUGCCAGACUUGGAUCCAAACCUUAGGAGUGCAGUGUCCAUUGGAAGACGUGUCCAAGAUCCACUGGCAGAGCUUGUGAAGAUUGAUCCCAAACACAUCGGCAUUGGAACAUACCAGCACGAUGUGUCAGCCGGAGCUCUUAAGGCAGCACUGGACGGCGUAGUGCAAGAAUGUGUGAGCUUCGUGGGAGUAGACAUCAACAUCUGCUCCGAGACACUGAUGAGGCAUGUAGCAGGCCUGAACGCAGGCAGGGCGAAGAAUAUCGCGGAGUGGAGAGAGCAGAAUGGUCCCUUCAUCAACAGGGAGCAACUCAAACUGGUCAAAGGCAUGGGGCCAAAGACCUUCCAGCAGUGUGCCGGCUUUAUCAGAAUCAACCCGCAAACCAGUGCCAGAUCCUCACCUCACCCAGGACCAGCAGUGCCGGAGAAACCAGCAGCGAAGAAGGCCAAAGGAAAGACUGGUGUCAACAUACCGACCUCAUUCAACCCCCUCGACCAGACCUGCAUACACCCGGAGUCCUACCAUGUGGCACAGAGAUUUCUGUCCAUUGUGGAUGGGAGUGCAGACCAGAUCGGGAGUGCAGCCUUGCAACAAUGUGUGGAGAGCAAGGUUAGGAGCAGCAGUAUCGAGGAACUGGCCAGGACAGUGGACACCACACCAGAGACCCUCAAACUCAUCAUAGACGGCCUCACGCAGCCCCCUGGGUUUGACAUACGACAAAUGUCAGGUGAAAAAGUCCAGAUAGGCAGAGGGUGAGACGGACUUUGACUUCUUGGCAUCACCGGUUAAAAACAGGAGUAAGGAGAGGAGGGAUGGAUGAAUGGAGGUAGGAGAGCGAGAGAGGGAUGGAAUGGGACAGGAAAUGAAAGGCUUUCUCCGGUUUCACUCCCCGUGACCUCAUCAGUGUGAUCAUGGGUUUUAUGAGCUUUCCCUCUCGACGCCCACACACCACCUCACACGUGCCAGGACACACACACACUCACUCACACACACACACUUCAGGCCGUAUAUUUCAUUCACUGGCUCGGAGACAAACACACACAGUACAUGUGUUUUUGUCUCUCUGUUCCUUUUCUCACACUCUCUCCGUCAACCUUUCACAUACUUCAUCACACACCAGACGCUCAAAAAGGCCGACGCUCAGUUAGAGCCACCGACACACAAACACCGACACAGAAAAGGAAAUUUGUCUUUAUUACUGAUUGCAUUAGCCUUUUUGCAGGGAAAGUAUGGGACUGUGUAAUGAAAUAAAGCCUUUUAACUUUGCAAAGCUGUUAAAAUAUAUGAAAGCCAUCACUUUUACAUAUCCCACAGCAUAAGCUCUCACACAUUAUGGCAAUUCGUCUAUUCUUGAGCAAAGGUGAUGUGGCGUUUUGCAUUUCACCUCACCAACAGAGCAAAUUAACUCGGGGGGGGGGGGAUGAUAAAUGGCAGUGAAUGAGCUAGCAUCUGAUUAGUAGUGCAUUAAUAGUAGAUGUAUGUAUUUUUUCUCCCUCUUGCCUUUCUUUCCUCCAGGUCAUUUCUUGGGCAUUUCCCUCUCUGCUCACCAUUUGCUAAGCUCCAACUACGUCACUUAACAAUUCCCAGUCUCCAGCAGCUUUGCCACUUAUCUCCCCAAAGUGGGUAAUGUCUUAAGACCGCGUGUUUGUUUUAAUCAGUAUUAAGUCUUCUUGGAUGUGGAGUGGAAAAGGAGAGAAAAGGGAAGCCGAGGAUGGGGUAACGUCAAGAGAAAAGUGAGCUCUGCAGUGAUUUCUGCCUGGGUCAAUAUUUUCAUAGGUGCCAGGUGUUCAGCAGCCAUCAUAUUGGAAAUAAUAUUUUUAUUAACCCAUGUACCUACAGAGCUUUUUACAUGCUAUGGACAGACACAGGAAAGGAAAAGAGAUUAGAUAAAUCAGGAGAGAAAGUUAGACUGCAGCAGGAUGAGAAAAUAAGAUUAGUGUAGCUUUCAGGGUGCCAGGUAUUCCAGUGUCAGCACAGUGAAGAGGGAGAGAGAGGGACAAUCAGUGGUAUCAGCCAGCAUCAGUGAUUUUCCACACUAAUGCAACCCUGAUGUCUGCUUGUUUUAAAUUAGAGCAGUGCUUCAAGAUGUAUGAAGACCAUGACCAAAGUAAUUUUUUCUCCCCACAUAUUUCAAAAUUAGCUUGCGUAUAUUGCUAUUUAACGAAAGGACAAAAAUAGUCCCCUUCUAUCAUCGCAUAUCACUUAACCUACUAGACGUGUGUAGCAGUGUCUAUCUGAAAAGCCCUCUGCCUGUGUUUUAUUAUUUUCUCAUUACUUUUGUUGUCUUUCUGGGCAUCUGUGAUUCUAGAGAAAAUGUAUUGUUGUGUCUCUUUACCAACUCAGAUACUGACACAUUGGGCUGGAGGCUCGCCUGAAGCAUCGUUAUUUAACAGCCUAGGGACGAGACACAACAAUUAACUAGCUUUCUCUACCAUCGUACCUUUAGACUUGUGUCGAAAUGCUUUUAACAUGAAGGAUGCAGUCCAGUCCCCCUCUGUCUGAGACACUUUGUUUUAGCUCCCAUCUCUUCAAGGCCUCUCCCCCUCCCAAACACCCAGUCUUCUCUGAUUGGUCAGCUCACACACACCUGAGCCAGCACUGCUAAGAACAACAGAUUAUUGUUCAUUAAUUUCUGUGUGCCGAACAAGCUGCUAGGCUUAAAUCAUGCAAAUGUUUGACAUGUGUAGUGUGAUGUCACCCAGUCACUGUUUUAAAGUCGGGGCUUUCAGGCACACAAAAAUGGUGUCUCCUGUGAGAAAGAAGAGCUCCUGUUGCUUUUUAACUUUCAAGCCCUUUUACAGGCACAAGAACCUGUAACACACUGAAGAAAAGGAAAAAAAUGAAAAAAACAUUUAUCUCUAACAUUCAGAGCAACUCAGCCAUGAAUCGCUUUAAGCUAAUAUUCCUUUGUUGAGUGAAGAAAGGUCCACCACUUAUGCUGAACUCCCGCUACACACAAACAUACACUACACUGAAUAGUAAGUUAAACACACAGAUACAUCUCUAUAUACAUGACUCCCUCCAGAGUAACACAGUUAGAUCCGUUCAAGGACAACAAGGCCUCUUCCUGUUCCCGGGUCGUGACCGUGGUUGGUGGCUUACAGUGAUUGACAGCUGAGUGUUUGGGUUAGGCUGCCACCUCUGGGGAUUUACUAUAGGCAAAGCCUUUAUACACAUCCAGCAGAGAACACUGGUGAGAUCUCUCUCACACACACAGACUUAUAGUGUCAGAGCAUACCACACCAACACACACAGACAGAGUGUGCUGGCAUACCCCCUCCAUCCUCCACACUGACACACAUACACAGAGAGUGUGUGAGCAUAUCUUGUCGACAUAUCUCAUGUUCAUCCCACAGGGAAACCAGUCUGAGACCAUAGAAACAUUGUGUCAGGGGGAGGAAGGAAGUGGGAGCUUAGGGGGAAUUCACUUACAUUUAGGAACAGUUAUGGAAUAUUUCAGAAAACUUCUUCUGUUUUUGUACGUUUCCUUUGGAUUAGGAGUUUUUCCCUUUUUUUUUAUGCGUCUGGUUGGAAAAAAAAAGAUUAUAUUAAUUACAGCCAUGUACUGUAGCUCACUGUUGUAUUUUCAGUACGGACAGCCAAGAGGCCAUGAGUAUAAAUGAUGGUCUGGCCCCCUGGAUAAUGAGAUAUUGUACGCCACAUUAAUUGUAGUCUCCUCUGAGGCGUUCAGCAAGUUUUCUCAAAACAAACUUAACAUCUCUAAUUACAUAACUCGACAGCUGGUGGCAGAGCUUACUCCCCAGAAAAUGUUCAAAUGUAUUAAACUUUAUAUCAAUCAAAAUGGGUGCAAACCUUUAACGCUGAUGUCUCAUUAGCUCCUCUUGAUGGUGGACAGCUCACAAACUCAACAGUUAGUCUUUUGUAUAGAUCCAUCAUCUGAAACUUUGUUUAAUGAUUUGUACAAAUUAAAUGGCUGCAAAUAAGUCAAGUUCUGGUUAGUCACGUAGCCUUCAUUUUAUCUACUUAAAGGGUAGCUCCAUCAGUUUUACACAUUACGGUGUAUUGACAGGUUACAGGUCUUGGGGAGUGCUACUGCACAUGUGAAAACGGUAGUUUGGUCCCAGACAAAGCUUGAACGUAAUCUGAUAAAUUGCCUAUAGAGUUGUCACUCAGUGGCUAAAGUGCAUUGUGGGUGAUGGAGGCACAGAGUUUUGAAAAGGAAGAAGAAUGGGUGGAAUAAAACAGACAAUAUAUCUGAUCUUACUGAAUUAAUUAUGAUCAUGUAAUAGUACUCCCUUAGACCUGUAAACAAGCUUUUAACGUGUAAAACUAGUGGAGUUACCCUUUAAAGAUAAAUUUCAAUUUGAAUGAUAAAAGAAAAAUGUAUAAUGAAUAUUGUAAAACCAUUUUAAGGUCGUAGUUUUAGACUACAGUAAUUCAAAUAGUCAUUCCUAAAAACUAGUCUCUGAAUUUUCUUAAUUUUAUUUGUGUUUUUGAGACAUUUUUUAAAUUUCCAUCUCAGCAGUACUUUUAGUAGAUAGAUGAAUUAGAAUAAAUAUACAGUACACAUUGGCCAUAAUGCAUCAAGAUGCUCUUCAAAAUCUUGUAGGCUUACUCCACCAGUGAAAAUGAUAUCACUGAUUUGAUGAUUGACUUCUUUCCCCUGAAAACUGGAGACAUUACAAAGUCAUCAUGGGAAUUUACUCACUUCUAUGCAAUGCUCAAUUAUAAUUUUUUUUUUACAUCUGUGGAAAAAAGACAACUCUGCCCGGGUAUUUUUUUGAUAAUGCUGUCCCUGUAAUGUCACAACCAUUAGCACUUCAGACGAGUCAAGCUGUGCCUGUUAGCACAGCUGCUACUGUAUAAGGGGCAGAGUAACAUCUCCAGCCCGUGCAGACCCUCAGGGCAAAGACGGGGUAAGCUAGCUGUUGUUUGUUUAGCUGUGUGUUUCAGCAAGCCAUUAAUACUGAGGCCUAAUAGUUCUGUCAGUAGCAUUAACACACAUGGGAGCAAUUUCCUUGACACAGAUUACACAUGGAUUUAGGCUACCAAAGAAGUGCUUCCUGAACAUUGGAUUUAACCUGCAGUUAAAAUCUUAAGGGUGUGGUGCACCUUUUAGGGAGCGCAGAUUAUAAACCCAGUGAAGGUGAUUUUGCAAAUUCCCUGUAGCUUUACACCUUAGGAAGAGUGAAGAAUAAUUAAUGGUAUAAUGAGGACAUUUUAACACCUUCACGAAUCUCUUUAUUUUAAUGUUUUGUAAAGUCAGCGGUUUAAUGUUUAUAGAAAACCAACUGCAACUUACCUUUCAAAAGGUGGUCCUGUCAGUAUACUUUCCCCAUCUGAUCCAGCCACAGUAAAAAAAAAAAAAAAAAGUUUCGGAAAUCAAUUCUGUAGCAAACAAAGAAGAUUAUAAUAGAAGGUGUGAGCAUGUAUUAUUGUCAGAACUGUAUUAGUUUAACAGUAAAAAAUGUGUUUUCAUUCACAAAAGUGCCAAGCUGCAAACACUGUACUGAUGAGACGCUUGUGUGUGUGUAAGUUUACAAAUGUAGCUAGCAUAGUUAGUUUUGUCAGCUAAUCUUUCGCUCAUGAGUUUAUGCACACAUCCUUGACGUGAGGAUAUGGUUGGCUGCUGUAUUUCAGUACAAAAAAAAACCAUUCACAACACUCCUAACAAAGAGGUCUGUGCACUUUCUUGAGUAAUUAAUUUCUGGAAAGACACAUUGCUGUUGAGAUUUUUAAAUGUAUUUUUUUGGCGGUGAAGCACCAAAGAAGAGAGAGCGGGACAUCACUACAGCCGAUAUCUCCAAAACUUG